AUGUCCCUGCAGGCUGAUUUUGACAAGGCGGCCAAAGACGUGAGGAAGCUGAAAACCAGGCCAGAUGAUGAGGAAUUAAAAGCGCUCUAUGGACUCUACAAACAGUCUGUAAUUGGAGACAUAGAUAUUGAGUGUCCAGCACUGUUAGAUCUAAAAGGAAAGGCUAAGUGGGAAGCCUGGAACCUUCAGAAAGGAUUAUCAAAGGAGGAUGCCAUGGGUGCCUAUAUUUCUAAAGCCAAAGCGCUAAUAGAAAAAUACGGAAUCUAGAAUUCAGCCUGUGAGAGAAUUUUCCUUCUGAAGCCUUCAUAAUGGUAUCGUGACCUAAUACUUAGGGGAGAA